AUGACUGUUUUUGGAGGCCAUCACAAAAAACUGAAGGAGGCAGCAGAGAGGGUUCAGACUCAGUACCGGUCAGAGAAGCAAAGGCGCAAAGAGACUGAGCUGAAAGUGAAUACCAUAGAAGAGGAGCUGCAGGACCUGAAGACUGACAAAGAGAGUCUAGAACGAGCACUUUCAGAAAGAAAGAAGAAACUGCAGGCAGAGUGUCAGCGCCGGGAUGAGGAGGUGGAGGAGCUGCGCAAGAACAGCCAGCAGGAGCUGGACAAACUUCGAGCUCAGCUUCGCAAGGCCAGGACCAGCAGUGACAACGCUGCAUCAGAACAGUUGUCUCAGCUGCAGGCAGAGCUUGAGCAGGAGUGGAAGGGGAAGUGUUCCCAGAUGUUGGCUUCAGCUAAAGAGCAGCACAGCAGAGAGCUGGCUGAGCUAACAGAGCAGAGAGAGGCUCUGCAGGACAAAUUAAACCAGCUGCAGGAAAAGUAUAUGGUUCUGAAGCAGUUGAGAGACUCGGAAGAACAGCGUCUGAUCCAGAACCACAAGAAUGAAGAGUUGCACACUCUUCAGGAAAAAUACAAGCCUUGGAGCAGCAGGGAGCAGCUGUAAGGGAGAAGCUGCAAAGAAGAGUGGCUGAACUGGAGCGCAAACUUGAAGAGCAGGAGCAUUCAGGAGACACUGCAGCAGAGGUGAAACGUGUGAUGAACGGAGUGUUUCACUCCCUGCGAGGGGA